ACUUCAGUCCGCCGCUCGGCUCUCGAGUCGUCGUGCACCACGGAACGCGCAGGCAGAGCCCAGGCAGGCGCAGCCGGCUCGCUGUCGCGCGCGUUGCUCCGCUUUUGAAAUCGCGCGAGUGAGACGAAAAUCGACUCGGACCGCGUCACGUGACGCGGAAUCGUCGCGCGCCGAUACAUCGAGAUCACACUCGUCGUGGGGUACCCCCGGGGGAGGAAUCGAGGCGGGACCUCCGAGGAUCGGAGCUUCCGAUCGCGAGAUCGAGAAGCGGUGGGCGUCUCGCGGAGAUUCCGCGGGGCAGAGACGGAACGCGCUAUUAUGUCACACUCCCACGCGAGCGACGGCCGUCGCUGCUCCCGUUGCCGUUGCCGCUACUGUUGCGAGACUCGUCGUUUGACAUUUCCGCGGCCGCGCAGCGCUUGACGUAUCGCUGUGGAUCUUACGUUCCGUCCUGGUUGACGGAAUCUCUCGAUCGUCGCGAGAUCUCGUCGAGUGUUUUUCUUCGCUUGAGUGACUUGUCAUCGCUAAGAUUGUUCCCGAAUCGCGCGGAUCAUCCGGCAACCCGUGACGAGAAGAGGACGAAAAAGGCGACGCGCGUGCGAGCGGAGGAUCGCGCUGCGAGUUAAACGGACGAUUUCGCGCCGAGCUCGGACGUACAUCGCCGACAGGACAAUGUCAUUGUUGUGAGUGUCGUUUCCUUAUACGUAGAUACGAGAGUGCGAGUGAAUUACAAAGACAAAGAGAGAGAGAGAGAGAGAGCAGAAGAGGCGGAAGGACCAGGAGAGGGAGACAGAGAGUGCAUCAAAUGCGUGUGAAAUGGAUGGUACGCCAAAGAAAAGCGAAGCAGUGCUAAUAUAUGGAUGCCCAUGGGUGGAACUUGGCCGAAAUGUGCCAGCGUUACCAUCACGCUAUUCCGGCAGCGGCGGCGCAGAAUUCCUCGCCAGCUAGGGACCCCUCGGCCGCCAUCGCGCAAGGCUUGUCAACCGCCGCGCACAUCGAUCAAGCCAGCCCGUCUUACUCUCACUACACGAUGCUGGAUAAUUAUGACAGGGGUGAGGUGACACCACCGCCGGUGAGUUACGGCGGUUCCCCCGGACUCUUGGCGCUCCAUUCGUCGCUUUACGCGACUCCCACGUCGAGGGCCUACGACAUCGACUCUGGCAUCGAUGGCAACGACAGCUCGAUGCCAAUCGAUACCCAAAUCAUCUCGAUACCGAGCAUGCUGAGCGGCCCGACGCAGCAGCGGCUGGAGGAUAUGCCCUGGCUGACUUCCGGUCCAUCGCUGGAAUACCAGCAGGGCAUCUCGCCGAUCCCCGCGGGAGUAAAGAUGUGCCAUCCCGGCGGCGGCACUGCCCAGAGGAGCCUCAAGGAGCAACGGAUACGUCGCCCCAUGAACGCGUUCAUGGUCUGGGCAAAGGUCGAGCGCAAGAAGCUGGCCGACGAGAAUCCGGAUCUUCACAACGCCGAUCUCAGCAAGAUGCUCGGAAAGAAAUGGCGAGGACUGACGCCGCAAGACAGAAGGCCCUACGUCGAGGAGGCCGAGAGGCUCCGGGUCAUACACAUGCAGGAACAUCCGAAUUACAAGUACAGGCCGCGGCGUAGAAAGCACGCGAAACGGACACCCGGUGCACCAUCCUCGCCUCCCUCGGCGACCAACGCCGCGGGCAACAGGUCUAACCCUACCGGCCCGACGAUUCAUCAUUCCAUGUCCAAGAUGGACAGUUACCAGGGCAUACCUCAGAUUCCGUGGGGUGGCCAUUCCCCGAUCUCAUCCCUAUAUCAUCAGCAGCAACAGGGUAUCCAGGAAUACAAGUCGGAAAAUAAUUCGCUUUACGGUAGCCCGUACACGCCCAUUAUUCACACCCCGGAUAUAUCUCCGGUGGCGAGUCCCGAACCUGACGGUGACGGCGGCCAUCUAUCGUCUGCUCAGAAUCCGGAUCCGGAACGAGAUUUGAUGGAGGGUACCUCGAAGCAACACGGAGAUAUGACUGAUCAAACGAAACGAUACACCUUUAUGAGCGGCGACAGUCAAUUACACACGGGUCAUGCCAGCAAUACUAACGUAUCGUCGUGUCAGAAUUCCGGCAGUUAUACGGAUACGUUAACAUAUAAGAAAUCUGUGAGUUAUUUGAACUUUGAGAGACAGUCGACGAGCAUAGCCGCGGUGGGUAUUGCAAACGGUAUGAUGGUAUCGUGCAACAAGCUGCGCUCCGGUUUUGACAAUGUCGGUUCCGUCACGGGUACGUUUUAUCCGCCGGUCGCCUCGCCGCACGAUCAAUCGUUGCAACAUUACAGUAACACGCAGUCGUCCAAGAGCGCGACAAACUAUUCGAUGCAAUCCACCGUCGAAAGCAAUUACAAUCCAGUUCAAUGCGCCAGUAAUCGACAGCAGUCCAUGGGAAUCCGCGGAGCCGAAAGUUGUUCCGGCACAGUGACGCACCGAUACCAAAUGUCGCAUCAUCAGGAAUACCAGACAGACUCGGGCAGCGCUCAGCAGCAGCACGCGAUUCUUAGUGGCCACAUUGAUCCUGGCAUGAGUACCGAGGAAGAUCAUCAGCAGCAAGCGCUGCAGUUGGAAAAAUAUUUCAAGUAUUCCCAUCCGACAAGCGUGGCACAUUCGAGCCUGUCGUCGCAGAAUAUGUUGGAUAGCAAUCAUAAUUACGCCAGCGAUCUGCGCUAUUAUGGUGCACCGUCCCAGUUGGACAUGUCGAACUCUCAGUGCAUCGUUGACGAUCAACAGAGCAGCAAGGACGCUCGUUGUUCCAAUGUCGCGAUCGGUCACACCAUGGAACAGUAUCAUCAACAGAAUCUAGAAGUGUCCAAGUACCCUGAUCAUUCGGCCGCGCAACAACAGCAUCAACAGCCGCAAUCGCAACAACAGCAGCAGCCUCAGAAUAUGGAACACGUGUCCAAGGCUGACGAUGAUUUCAGUGUUAUACUUGCGGACGUGCGCAAAACCUGCUACAGUAGCUAGUGUUUCUUUUACAGAUAUGUUUUUGGGUUUGAUGGGUUGACGUAUGUAUUUGACGUGAGAACAGUCUUUCAGAUUGUGAUUGGAGAGAAUAACAAACGCUUAUACACGUUUUACGUCAUUGUGCUUGGUGCUACCCGAAAUAUAUCAAAGCAUAUCUAUCUCGCGAUAGAAGGUACGUUCUCUUCUCGUCAAGUUUAAAAGUAAUAUUUUAAUUCUGAAUCUUUAAGAAUGAAAGAUAUUGAUUUGCAAUUCGAUUCAUUUGAUUCUGAUACUGGCAACAUGUAAUUUUGCAGUUUUUAUCUUGUGAAAUUUUAUUUAUCUUUGCAUAUCUGUGCGUAUAAACAUGAUCUCUUGUGGAUUUCAAUUUAAUUGAAAUUACAUUCACAUUGAAUUAAUAACAUAAUUAUCAUCCGUUGUGCUGAGGUAAAUGAGAUUGUAAAACAAAUUCUAAAACUGUAAUAUGAAAUGUUAUAAUACUAAUAAU